AUGCUAAGGCACAUAACCCUAGACUCCCAACUCCCAAGUCUGCAGUCGACUAAAUACCAAUCGGCCGUCCAUCCGUCAUCCCCAAUUCCGCAGACACGACGUGAGAGGACUGAGACUCGGCUUGGCGGUGACUCCGGCGAGGCGGAGACCUUGCAAGUUGCAACGACUGACGAUUGCGUCUCUUCUUGGCGGGCGGCGGCGAGGCGGAGACCUUGCAAGUUGCAACAACUGACGAUUGCGACUCUUCUUGGCGGCGAGGCGGCGACUCCAGUGAGGAUGACAAUGAGCAAUCUAUUGAAGCUCUUAUUUAUGGUGGGGAUUGACUUCGUAACAAGUAUAGGCGGAAGAAAAAUCGAAAGGAGGAUUCUGGACAAGAGGAGAUUAUGUUGAAGCCAUGACUUAGUUUGAAUACUAUUAUGUUUACAUUGUUUUUAUUAUGUUUGUAUUGUGGACUUACAAUUUGUGUAAUUGUGUUGUUAAAUUUUGCGAUGGACUUUUGUUUUAUGGACAUGUGGAGUUGUAGUUAUUAAACUUGUAUAGUUGUAUUGUUGAAUUUUGUAUUAUGAAAUUCUAUUUGUUAAA